AGUUUUGUUCUCACACUACGGAUUUUACUUCAGCUCGCACAACCAAGGCAGUUUUCUCUACCCACAUCAGACAUUAUUCUUCGACAUAAAACGCGCGAAUCAUUGUUGUCCGCCUGUCCCGCGCGGAUCAAAACAUCAUGACUUCAAUCGAACCUGCAACCCCGUCACGGACGGUAAAUGAAAACGACUCAAGGCCAAGAAAGGGAAUCACUCGAGCGCAGAAGCAGGUGCUUAUCAACAACCUUCAACUAGAGAUCACAGAACGCGCGAGAAAGCUUCGUGCCCAAUACGCUCUUCAAGCGCAAGGCCUCAAAACCCGCGUUGAGAUUCGCGUCAAUCGAAUUCCCACUGCUCUUCGUAAGAUCACCAUGGGAGAAUUACUAGAGAAGCAUUCCAAGCGACCAGCCGACGAGAAAAAGGAUGCCAUCGCCAUACCCGCUUCAGAGCCUUCCACUUCAAUUACCACCAAGCCUGCCAAGGCAGAAUCCUCCAGCUCUGCCGGUCAAUUACCUAACCCUCAGACAUCUGAACCCAAAGCUCGCGUGGAAUCGCCGAAAAAGGGGACUAUUAGACAGAUUCCCACCCCUCGUUCAAGAGGCACCAAGCGCUCCAGUGCGCAUCUCGUUGAAGUUCAAGGCAAAGAGAAUGAAGAUGCCGGAAAUGACUUGAACAUUCCCAAGAAACGUGCCAAGACCGGCACUACUCCUGGACCGGCUACGGCUCCAAACAACCGCGCCAUUUCUAGGACACAAUUGCAGUCUUCUCAAGUAUUGUCACCACGUUCAGCAAACUCAAGGACCCUCCCCAAGUCGCCCGUUCGACAAACGGCGCCUCCUCCCAAGCCUCAAUUCGCCCGGCCAACAUCGUCCAUGAAGACGACUGCUCCUGCACCAUCUUCUACGGCUGCCAAAGCUGACAAAACCCGCACUACGACGACGACGUCUCGUACAGCUGGACGAAAAGUCACGCCUGCUGCUUCGGCGGCGUCAGUCUCGACAACAACAGGUCCCGGGCGAGGAAGACGAACUCCAGCUCCACCAGCAGCCCCACCAUCCCGGGCAGGUCGCGGUCGGCCCAGCAACAGCAGCGAGACCUCGACUUCUACGACAAGCACGGUUGUAAACAAGACCAAGAAGCCACCGGUCACGAAGAAACCUCCAGUUCCCAAAGCCUCUUCCGCUUCUGCAACGGGAUCAAUCAGAAAGGUCCCCGCUACCGCCACCGGAACAAAACCCGAGGUCUCUGGAACCGGUACCGCCAAACGGACUCUUCGGAAGAGAGUCUAAUGGCGGUGAUAUCCGCACGGCAUAGGAAUUAGGCGAAUUAGGCCACUGUUAUCUUUUGUCUCUUUCUAGGUUCCUUCAGUUGGCUGCGUUGGCUUUUGUGAAAAGCUGGCAUCCUGUGUGGAGUCUUGGUCACAUGUGGUGCUGGUGGGGGCGGGGAGAAGGAGGAGAGUGUAUACACGCAUUUUUAGCUACUUAUUUCUUUAUCUCGAACGGGGUUUGCAAGGGAAGUUAUUGUUCGGGUUCGGGUUUCAUGCAGGUUAUACUACUGCUUGGCGCACAGAAAAUGUAUGGUUUUAGGUUCUAUGUUUUAGGUUUGACAUUCUAGGUUUGGGUUCUGGGUUCUAGGUUUUAGGUUCUAGGUUCAGGUAAUAAGGCGCCGGAUGAUUGUAGGAAUAACUGUUCCGAGUCUAGCAUAUUCUACUGUUUAGUUUAGGUCACCCUUUAUAUUAUCUCGUUGUUCUCUACC